AUGUCGAAUAACGCUGAACAACCUCGGAUUGUCCCUGAAGAUGACGAUGAGCCAGAUGAGUGGGAUAAGCGCAUCUUCAGCACUGGCUGCCACACUGAGCAAGAUAAAAUGAAUGACUGUUACUUCGCUAAGAAGGAUUGGAGAGCUUGCAAAGAUGAGAUGGAAGCUUUCCGCGAGUGUUGGAAGCGCCAGGGUAAUGACCAGCGCACCGAGACCAAAGACGCAUAA